CGAGGCCAACGCGCUGAUCACGCCUCACAUCAUUAGAUAUGUGGAAGACCUCGAGUUCUUCUUCCGGAUUCCUUGGGGGAAGCACUCAUUCGCCAGACUCAUGCACUCGCUUCAGAAAGACAUGUUGAAACAGAAGGCCAACUACGAGAAGAAGCUGAGUUCGGAUGUUCAGCACGAGUGCAAAUACACAGCAUAUGGCUUCGCACCUGCAGUCCAAUAUUGGGCGUACGAGGCCAUUUUGGAGGUUGGCAAGAGGUAUGGCACGAACCACGGGAUUCGGUUCCCCAGGAUGCUUAGCUGGACGAGCAAAGGCGAUAUUGGGAAGAAAGACGUCAGCGCAUUAUUUUCUAGACGGAAUCUGGAAGUGGUGAAGGGGCUCCUUCCACGGACAGAGGAGGAGGCAUUUGUGAGGACAAUUUCUUACGAUGGUGUGGAGAACCUGGUUGAUGAUGCUGUGGAUGACACAGAGGCUGAGGCAGGUAGUCAGGUACCAGAGACUCAGGUCCCAGACACUCAGGAAAGAGACACUCAGGCCACUGGUUCAGAACCUCAGCCCAGUGCACCAUCUUCAUCAGGCGUUCGGGGUGCCGAGUACACUGAUUUAGUGGCUCGGUUGGAUAGGAUCGAGGCUGACACUCAGGGUCUGUAUGCUGCUCAGGCCGAGCUGAAGAAGGCAUACGAGACCAGCCAUGUAGAGCUGAAGGGUGGUCAGAACGUAAUUAUGGAGCAGCUCAGACACAUAUUGGCCAUGUUGAAUCGUCCGCCAACGACAGCUUCAGCACCGGAGGCCCCAGCAGAUCCAUCUACCCCACCACCAGCUGCUUCACCCCCAGUAGAAGAGGAUGAGGUCUUCCCCGACGAUUACGAUCCUUAUGAGGGAGCUCCAGCGACUCCGAUCGAGGCACAACCUCUUAUCCAUGUACAUGACACCGAGUCGCAGGGUGAGAUUCUGUCCAUAGAGGCACAACCUGCAGUGGUUAAGAGUCGGAAGAGGAAGAGAAAGCCUCCUGUAUGGUUCGGUGACUAUACGGAGAUGAAGAGGAGACAUAGGCCAUCUUCGACUUUUGAUCCCCUGGAGCCACCGGAUGAGAAAUUGUUAACCACUUUCCGAAAGUGGUGUGUUGGACUCAUUCCGAACCACCGACUUCGGGAUUUGAGAAGUGGUGAUUACGGUCCAGGAUUCUUUUGGGUAAUGCUCACACCAAAGGAAUGGCUUACAGAUGACCAUAUAGAUGCAGCAAUGCAUAUGCUGAGGAGGCGACGCACCGACUAUCCACUGACAUUUCCUCAGAAGGGUAUCAUUCUCUCCACAUUCGUGACCGCCAUGAUCAGCAGUGCAUGGACGAGCCACAAGGGUCCGAGGAAAAACUUUAAAUGGGAGGAUUAUAUCCUGGACUACUGCACAGGGUUUCAUAAGUCCCAAGUCUUUGAGAGAUGGAGGGGUAACGAGUUUAUUUACUUCGUUCUGCACCUUCCCACGGCAAGACACUGGGUCACAGUUGAAGUCGACAUAGAGCUGUGGAAAAUUAAUGUCUACGACUGUGAUUCCAACGUCUGUCAUUGGACCGCCUUGGAACCCAUCAUGAAGGUUUGGGCAGAACUGCUGCCCUCGCUACUCCUUGCAACCGGGGAAUUUCCACAUAACAACCAGAUCAUGGCGUUAGCUAACUGUGACAUCACGGUGCUUCCAAAAAUGCACGCGACUCGAGCCACUCACGACUUAGUUCCGAAGUCAGCAACCAGUGGUGAUUGUGGCGUGUAUUGCAUUGAGUAUGUGGAGCAUCUCAUGAUGCAGCGUGGAUUGACCGAUGUGACGCCAGACCGGAUAGCCAUGUUUCGUCAACGGUGGUGUGUCGAUUUAUUUUACCAAAAUGUCGGCUGAUUAUAUGUGUAAUUAUUGGGACAUUGUAUAUUUUGUGUAAUUAACAUUACAGUUAUGUAUAUAUAGAUUUUCUUUUCGUUCAAA